AUGACAGAUACGAGGACAAAUCUAAGAGCACGACACCAGCCUACUGUAAAGUGCACCGGAAGCAAUCUGCGGAAUUUUCUCGAGGCGUCUGAGAGGAGCUGUAAUCACCGUCGCUGUUUCGCGAGCUGCGACCACGUCGAAACAAAAUUACUAUCUGAAAAAGCAGUCAAGUACUCCGAGAAACGUCGGCCGUUGAGCUUACAACAUUUCCCUGGCUGCAGUUGCAAAAAGAAAUAUGAGCCUCAGGUAACUUUCGCCGCACAGAACAGUUUGAGCGGUGGCGAGAAUACCAGCAGCAAACCCGGCCCGAAACUUUGUGCCGAUAGGAACAGCACGCUGAGAAUUAUCCGGGCGAUCCGUCGGAACAGCAAGAAGAUCGGGACGGAGGAUCGAUCACAAUCGCCGGAACGUCCGCGACCCGGAAACAGCAAGAGCAGCGUAGUAGUAUUGUACCACGGGAAACCCUCCCCCGAGCCAGCAGCUCUCAGACCCUGUCAAUCGGAACGGGACGUCGGCAGACAGACGCUACCAUUGAUCGUGGAUAGGACGAAUUGGACGGCGAGAGACCACGUAGAUUCGAUUGACCGAGGGAAAGCUACUUUGAGACGUCGUCGACGUUUAUCGAGGCAACGAGGACCGCUCGGGCACGCUUAUCGGGAGGUCGGCGGUUCCCAAGUCGUGGAUCAUCGCGUCGCUGGCAUAGAGGAGCAGCGAGCGAGACGUAGAUCCGAUCCGGCGAGAUAUUCGGCCAACUCUGCGAAAAAUUUGAUUAGGUCGAGCGAAGGGUCCGCUUCUUGUCAGGAGGACGACUCGGAUGAUCCUGAUCAGAUCGGAGGAUCGGAAAAGCAUCGGACGAUCGGUAGAACCUUCGGGGAACGAUGCAGUCCCUCGAAUGAUGCUAUUUCGAAGCUAAUGGCUCGGUUCAGCCCCGGCGACAGUGGCGAUAACAAACAACGAAAAAACGCCGUUUACCCGAAUCUCGCCUACCUGAUGCAGCAGAUGCACUCGCGUCCGCGCGAACGAGGCGACGACCGCGCAUUCAUCAGUGUGAACGACGGCGGCGACUCGCAGCGAGUGUUCCCGUUCCAGGCGACGCCGAGUGGUAACCUGAAGAUUGUCCCGAAUCAGGUGGUAUUCGAGUCUAAGAAAGUUAGUGUGCUGGUCGCUGAUCCCCGUCACACCAAGGUGAACGUCAAGGCCGAGCUGAACAGGCCCGGAAACGAGGCUGUCGGACACGUUUCCGAGUCCUCGACGCGGGCCAGGCUCGUCGAUCUGCCGGUCGGAGUCUCGUCGUCGAUGAUCAAUCAAUCCCAGGCGCAAAAAGGUCUCUCGGCGAUCGAGGACACACAGAGACACACGAUGCAUCCGUUCAAAGUGAAACUGGCUCCAGCAGAGAUGGAGCAAAAACAACAAACGACACCGUCGACGUCUUACGAAGCGCCAUUGCUGCAGGAGGUGCCGCUGUCCGCACUCGGAUUUACGGGUGAGCAGCCAAUCGAUUGGGAUAACAUAAUUCUCCCGGAGAAGACCGACUUGUAUCAGGAGCUGGCCAGGCGUAUCACAAAUUACAAGAACGCCGAUUGUAUUGUGCGAAUCGAUCAGGACGAGUUCCAUUGCCACCUGCUCGUGCUGCAGAGCUACAGCGGCUUCUUCGACGAGAAGAAUCGCAAGGAGAUCGACCUGACCGGGAGCGACGUGUCCUCGAGGGCGUUCUCUAUCAUCUACGAUUGGAUGAUCAGCCCGAUCAGUGACAGCUAUCGUCUUCUACAGAGAGACAACAUUUUGGACGUUUUCAUUGCUGCACAGUAUCUUAGUAUCAAAGAAUUGGAAGAGCAGUGCUGGGCCUUCAUAGACAACGACGAGCUGUUCUCCGAGGACACAGCGUUUUUAUUGUACUUGGAAGCGAGGAAGAGUAAGAACACAGCGGUGAUGGAGCUGAUGGUUCCCAGAAUCAUGAAAUUCUUCCUAAUGCUCGUCAGCACCAGAGACUUCCUUGAGCUGAGCGUCGAGGAGCUGUGCCUGCUGCUGAAAUCAAACUACAUCUCUGUGAACAGCGAAAUGGAGGUCUUGAUGUCCGCGGUUCGAUGGCUGAUGCACGACUGGGAGAAUAGAAAACAGCAUCUGUUAGAGGUGAUGAGAUGCGUUCGGUUCGGACUGAUCGCUCCCUGGCAAUUGGUAGACGUGAAAAGAAACCCCGAGAACCCGGAGUUCAUGGAACUGAUGUCCUAUCCGGAGGUGCAGAAAAUGGUCGACGACGGUCUAGCUUUCGUCAUCAUCAAGUAUUGGUAUGGUAAUCAAACCGAAGACUAUUAUCAUUGGAUCGAUUUAUUAGGACUUACCGAACCUACCAAUCGAAAUUGGGCUGGCGAGGAUAAGAAUUACGUGACAUACAGAGAAUUUUUGUUGUAUCUCGAGGAGUACCAAAGGACGAAGAUAUCAGAGCUAAAAGGACGAAAACCUCGUUCGAAGCCUACUCCACCUAGCUCGCCACCCGAUGAUUAUCUCUUUGUGGCUCCUGGAGUAGCUAAUACUUAUCCCCAGAGUUCGGGUGAUAACGGUGCAGUUCAAAACGAAGUGACGAUGCACUUGGCGCAUCCAAUUCCCAAUUAUUCGCCAACCGAGAUGCCGGCAAUGAUGAUGCAACCGAAAUUAAUGAACGACUAUCUGAGCAACUUGGAGCGAAGCAGAGGGAACGAGGUGAGAGCUGCGAACACGGCCGCCUUUGACGCCAGAUUCAACGGCGGCGGGGAAUCGCCCAAAGCUCCCCAUAAAUCAUCGGCUAUCGAGAAACACGAGCAGGAACAGGCUCGCCGUGUCGCGAAUUCACCGAACGCCGGCAAAUUGGAUCACGAGAAGAACGCGCCGGAUGUUUGCCGGUGCCAGCGGCACGACUCGAAUCUGAUAUUUUCUGCGAGGAUGGGACAGACGAGAUCCAAGAUGCCGAGGGACUUGGAGGAGGCCGCGGACUCCGGCAAAUCCGAAGAGGAGGCAGCCACCACGAUACAGGCCAUCUACAGAGGAUACAAGGCUAGAAGGAAAUUUCACGAAAUAAAGACAUCAACGUCGGAGGAGAAGCGGAAUAUCAAGAAGGUGGCGGAACUACUGGCCAUUCCGAUGGACGAAACAUCCCGCGAGUCCUCGCUGAAGCCGGUCGGAAUCUCAAACAGUUCGGCAAACCAAAUCAAAAGUGGGAAAAAGAGAGAGCAGCCUGUAAGAGCUGAAAACCAACGCCCCGCUGGAAAUAAGACGAGUCAAUAUUAUGGCGAGCGUGUCCCUUCUUACGUAUCCGGGGAACAAAGACCACAGCCCACGCCGCGGAACGUGUCACAUCAACGAAAUACAAUGAACACUAUCAGGACCAUAAAGUCCCCGAGAUUUUUCUCGAAUCACGGCGAGAUAACCAGUUCCCCGUCGGAUAACACCGACACAGAAGAACUGCUGUCCGCGAAAUCGACUAGGGCCGAUGCCGAUGACAAUGCUCAGAACAAUGUGAAACCCGAGGGACAAAGGGCUGCGAAUCAUCAGGACGGUGACAAUGUUCAGCGAGCGAAAAACGUCGUGAAAACUGUUCAGAUACGAAGUCCAAAUUACACACGACCGCUGCCACAAAGAAUCAGUAACAGUAUGCUGAAUCCUACAGCCGACAGCUAUUUCCUAGACAAGUCUUUAUACUUUCCUGAUCGGGAAUCGAUUCUAGUGUUUGGGGGCACCGAUCCUCACGAAGAAUACGGCCGUGCCGGAAACACCGGCAAAGCCAUGUACAGAUUUAAACCGGAUGAAAACAUUUGGGAGUUCGUCGGCGAGAUUCCGCAGCCACGACAUCAUCAUGCGGUCGCUUACCUAAGAGGUCGUAUUUACGUAGUGGGUGGAGCAGAUCCCCUGGAAGACAAACUGCACAGAAAGAGCACUGCGGUCGGGAGCGUCUGGAGCUACGACCCGGCCACCAGGACUUGGUUCAAUGAACCUGGCAUGCUGACAGCCAGAAAGGACUUUGGAUUGGUGGUCAGUCACGGGAAAAUGUACGCCAUGGGUGGGCAAGGCAGGAACGGGAUGACUCUAAAGAGCAUGGAGGCUUUCGAUCCGGCGGAUUCAACGUGGAGGGAGGUGCAACCGAUGCAAACCGCGAGGGUGGGACCCGCUACCGUGAAAUAUCGAGGCCUUAUCUGGGUCGCUGGCGGCAUGACAAAAACGAAGAAAGAGCUGUUCUUAAAGGACGUCGAGUGCUACGACCCGAUCAAAAAUUUAUGGCUGAGAGCGGUCUCUUUGAGAUCACCGAGAUGCUUCGCCUCGUUCUACGUCGUAUCCGACUGUCUUUACGUGAUCGGCGGAGCGUCGACCAACGAGAUCGCCGCGCAUAGUAUCGACAGCGUCGACGUGUGGGACGCGGACGAGUCCGACUGGAGGGAACUGGCGAAAAUGUCGAUCCCGAGACACGGACAUACCGCCGGAUCGAUAGGCGAGCAACUGUUAAUAAUCGGUGGCGUUACCACGACGUUUAUGAAAACACUGAACAGCGUAGAGUGCUACUGCUGUGACAUCAGGAAAUGGAUGAAGGGAGUUUCUGCCCUACCACAAUCCAUUUCCGGUCACGGAACCGUAACAUUACCUCCGGCAAACCUCUUAAUAGAUCACUGAUAAUUGUGGAAAAGAAACGUAACUCUUUCACGUUCAACCGUUGACGCAUUAAACAUUUAUUUUCUG